AUGCAUAUAUGGGGUGUUGGACACUACAGCCGGGACGUGCAAUCCCGCCCCUCAGAGCUCAAGCACUAUUUUGAGCUCGUCUACAUCGAGUACCGAUUCGAUUCCCAGUACAUCAAGCACUAUUUCGAGCUUCUUUACUUCGAGCACAAAUCCAAUCUUAUCCACGUCGAGCAGCUCGUCUACUGGUUCGACGUUUUCAUCUCAAAGUACUCCUAUUGGAACAUCGUCAUUGCAGAGUACGGUUCCAGACUCGGAUACUACGUCUUCAAGCUCAAUAAGCUCUAUAGACACAAUUUCAAGCACAGCCGUCCCGCUGACAAGCAAUAUUGCUACUUCGCCAGUUACAGCAAUAGAAAGUUCAUCUGUUUCAGGCUCUAG